GCAACAGUUUACAGGCAAUGUCCACUUGCCAGCACAACUGGCCGCAGUUCUUUUGGAGUUAGUAUGACAUUUCUUCUUGAUUCAUUCCUGUUAAGACAACAAUAAUGGCUGUUUCACAGGCAUGCAAAAUCCUGUGGGGUACAGGCAUAGUUUUUGUGAUUUUACCUCACUUCAGUCUGGGAUUGUUGUCUGACUACAAGAUCUGUGGAGAUUCUGAGUGUCAAAGCCUGAUGAGCAGAGUGCAGGCCACCAGGGACCACCAUGGCGAGGACUGCCGUUUCCUGAGCUUCAGACGAGGGGACACCAUUUUUGUUUACCACAAACUGACGGGAAAGAGAGAAGACCUCUGGGCAGGCAGUAUUGACAAACAGUUCGGCUAUUUCCCGAAGGAAGCGGUGCAAGAGGAGCUGGUUUACGCUGCUAUGGAGAAAGUAGUGGAAACACAGAAAUCUGAUUUCUUCUGCAUGGAUGAGUUUGGUUACCCCAUUGACUCCAGUCAUUUAGAUGGUGAUGCUGAUGAUGAUCAGAAAAAGCAGGAGUCAGAAACCACCCAAACAUCUCCAUACCAGGAUGACACAAGCGCUGAAAGUCCUUCGACAUCUGAAGAUCUCUCUGCAGUUUCGGCACAGGAAGCUGACGGCACAUCGGCAGAAGAGAACGAAAACAAAAGUGCUGGCGACGGCGGUGCCGGGACUCUCGAGGGAGCGCGGGAGACUCCUGCGGCUCUGAGGGAAAAAGGUGGGUCUGCCCCAUCCUCCUCCUGGCUCGGUUCUUCAGUGACAGGAUGGUUAGGUCUGGCUAAAGAGGAAGAAGCCGGCAGUUUAGCUGAAGCAGGGAAAAAAGACGAGGGAACAGAGAGGCAGGCCGAAGCUUCUGUAGCUUCGUCCGUGACAGGAUGGCUGGGGUUGGGAGAAGAGGGAAAACCUGAAGACGCUGUGAAAAGUAGAGAAGAAGACACAGAAAAUGCAGAUUCUUUUACGUCAACCAUGACUGGGUGGCUUGGCUUUGGAGGAGAGACAAAAACGGCAGAAAAAGAGCGAGGUGAAGAAAGAGACGAUGACGAAGAACCAGCAGAGAGAUUCAGGAGUAGGAGGAUGUCUCUGGACCUGGAAGGCAGCCAAUUACACGAAGAGGAGAAGAAAGAGAAGGGGACAUUGGAUUGGCUGGGAAGCGGACUGUCAAGCACGCUGGGGUUCGGCCUGACCAAUCAGGAGUCAGGGCACGAGACAACGCCUGAAAGAGAGGCCGAGGAGACAAUCCAGGAAGAGGAAGAACAGCCGGCGUCUGGUUCUUGGUUUGAUGUGGGGAUCGGGGACAUUUUAGGUUUUAGGAAAGACAAGAGGGAAGUUGAUGAGAGUGCAGGAAGUGGUUUUAAGGAGACAGAAGAGGACAAAACCUUAGAACAUCCGACAGGCUCAGAGAAUGUGAAUACCGGUCAAUCUCAACGUGCACCGACAGAGGUAGGGACAGAGACUGGCAAUGAAUCAGAGAUGGAAGAAAUGCCAAAAGAUCAAAAUGUCCCACCAGAGAUCCGAGUCAAUAAUAACGACAUAGGUACUUCAGACAGCAGCAAGGAUCGUGUCUCACCUGAAGAUGCAGCAUCCGAGGUCGACCUAGAAGACAUUUCUACUCAGACCGAGUUAGAGAAAACGUCCCACACUGAAGGUGGAAUGUCUUCAAUGCUCAACAGCAGUAAGGAAGAAGAGGAAGACAAUGUUUCAGACGAUCGCAAGAAAGAGAAAUCUGCAGAAAUGGAGGGUGAAGAUCAUCAGAUAUCCAAAUCAAUAGAAAGCGAGGUUGAGGAGGACAAAACAGAGGACGCGGUUGAGGAAGGGGCCGGGAUCCCAAAUCAGACUGAUAACACACAAGAAUCCACCGAUGCGGAAAAGCAGGGGGAGAAAGAGCAUUCAAAUGGAGAGGAAAAGAAGGAGAAGAUGGAGAAGAUAAAGGAGGAGAACAAGCAGGAGGAGUUAAAGGGAGUGGAGAAACAGGAUGAAGUUAAGGAGUUAAAGGAAGAGGGGAAGCAGCAGGGGAUAGAAGAGUUAAAAGAGGAAAAGCAGGAGGAGGUAGAAGAAUUGAAAGAAGCGGAGGAAAGGGAGGAGUUGAAGGAGGCAGAAGGAGUAAAGAAACAAGAGACUAAAGAGGGUGAAGAAAAACAAGCACAGUCUAAUUUUGGGGAAGAGAUGGAAAACAGCCUCCACUCUUUACCUCAUGCUAAGAAAGACACGGACAGUCCAGAGCCAGAGAGCGACAGGAAAGAGACACAAGACGAGAACAGCUCGGAAUCUGUGUUCUCCAAACCGUCCAUGCAGACUGAAAAGAGCCGUACCAAAAACCCACAGAUGGAAGAGGAGGAGAGAGAGGAAGAAAAGGUCAGGGGUGAAAUGAAAGAGGAGGUUGAGGAGAUGGAGAAUGUGGAAAGUUUGAGGAGGAACAAAGAGAAAGAUGUGACCCUUAAAUGUUCCAAUGAGCUUUGUUCUGAAGCUAGCGAAGACCGAUUUGUGCGGGACAGAGAUGGAAAUGAUCCUGCAAAUAUGUUGAGCUCACUAGAGGAAGGGGCAAUGGAGACAGGACAGCAAAAUCCAGUGGCCGACAAUGAUCAAAUAUUAGCAGACAGGACAGGAGCGAGUCAGCCGGUACCAGUUGAAGGCCUGGAGAAGGAUGAGGAUGGAAUACAGGUGGAGGAAGAAAAGGAAGAGAAAAGAGAUGAUGGCGCCAUGGCCGACGAGGGGAAAAACAAUUGUUUGCCACAUUCGGGUGAGAGCACUAAUCCACUUUCACUUGGCCAGACAACUGAGAACACAGAAGAUGAUCAGCUGCAUUCCAGUGAGGCCCACAACACGGAGCUUGAAGACUCUGAAACCAUCAGCAAAGGGGUUUCCCCUGAGAAGGAAACAGAGCAAGUACACUCUGAUCAUAAGAUAGUAACAGAGGAGCACACUGACAGGGAAGAGAGGGAGAUGAACGCUAAGCAUGAUGAUUUCAGGACAGACGGCGGGAUGGAGGUUCCGGUUUUGUCCGUUGACCCCGUUGAAAGCCCGGCUGUGCUAUCUGCUCCGUCUGAUGGUCACGAUAUAGGGACAGGAGAGCCUGGAAGUGGAGGAUCGUUCGGCCUUUUCAAAAGCGCCUUUAGCUUUUUCAAAUCGCCCAUCACCGAAACUGAGGGAGCCAAAGAGUCUGCACCGAGUUUGGGUUCUGACACAGGCGAGACAUCCAAGGUACAAACCUCUCCCCCUCCUGUGAAAGAACUGGAUUCAACCACUGAUUCGAGUCAGGUUAACGUGAAGGAUUUGCACUCAGACUCUCCGAUCACUGUGUCACGGCAGCAGCCGCAGCCUUCUCCUCCUGUCGCAGAGACCCAGACAUCACCUCCAUCCCCAACGCAGACCCGUUCUCACCCCGCAGAAAGCCCACUCCAGACUAAAACCCUCACCCAACAUCACAAGAGCCUCCUCGCCCACAUGAGCGCAGACGAGUUGACCGUUCUGACGGAGCUCUUCGGGCGACACAAGCUGCAGUUUCUGGAUUACGUGUUAGGGAGCGUGGGAACCACGACCGAUGACCCCGAUGGCGACGACUCGAUAUUGCUGGAUAUAGAGAGACUUCUGGGUUAUCACAAGGAGGCACUGGUGGCUCCCAGCGUGAGGCUCGCGGACGCACCAAGGGAGGACAAGGAAAAGACCAGAACGCUCAUCGCACUUCAGAAGCUAGAAACGCUGCUGGCAAGAGUGAGAGAGACUUUCAGCACAGCUGGGGCCAGCUGUGUCGGGGAAUUCUGUUCAACUCAAAGCGGAGAUAAGGAGACGCCCGCUGAGGAGGACUCCUCCGUGGGCCGAGAUAGCAACACUCCAAGAGAUGAAUGGGUGGGGUUGGAUAAAGAGAAAGAUGGACGACUGAGUGGAGGCACAGCAAAAGAGAGGGUGACCAAGGAUGAGGAAAGGGGAGAGGAGCGAAAAACAAGUGAAGGAGAGAGAGUGCCCCCUGAGUCCCGUCCUCACACUCAGUCAGCAUCACCACAGCCACUGGAAGGGGUAAUGAGGCCAAUUCUGGACUUUGCUCAUCAGAUCGCCGAAGACUCAACCACUCAUGUUCAUGCGGCGAGGGAGCUCCUCAUAUGGCUUACUGUGCAGGUUGUGUCGUCUCUGCCUGAUGACAUCAGACCCGGGCCAGACCUGUACGGGGUGCCAUGGGAACCAGUCAUCGUCUCCGGUGUGGUGGGGCUGGUGACGAUGCUGUUGUUCACCUGUAGAUGUUAUAGCUCUGUCAAAAGCAGAAUGUAUCGAAGUAAAGAGCGGAGGAUGGCUGAGCAGGUGGCGGAGCUGCUGGACGAGAAGUGUAAAGUCCUUGAGACUCUCAGCAAAUGUCAACAAGAGUCUGAUGACCUGGAGAGCACGCUGAGGGACAGUGGUGUCUUGGCCCAAACUCAAAGGACAGAACAUCUGGAGGUCAAAGCCAGACAGUUAGGACAUGCUAAGAGGGAGCUGGAUAGGGAUCUGGAACAACUGAAGGAUCAACUGGACCAGCAGAGAGAACAAAGGAUAGAGCAGGAAAGAAGGAUAGCUUUGCUUGAAGAGAGCAUGAAAACCACUGAAGAAGAAACCAGAGACCUCCAGUCACAGGACGAGCAGGCACACACCACUCUGAAAGUGUACAGUAUGAACAGUGACAGACUACAGAGGAAUCUGGAAACCGCCGGAGAGGAGAACGCACUGCUGCAGGAGAGCAACGCUCAGUUGAGGCAGCAGGUGGAGGGCUGGGCAGAGAGAGUGAGUGAGUUGGAGGCAGAGAUGAGCAGGUGUGAGGUGGCCCACAGCGCGAUGCUGCAGGAUGUGGCCAACAAGGAUGAGCGUUUAACGUCGUUGACAGAUCGGCUGCUGAGGAUGAAAGCUUGGGAUUCAGACCUGGAGGAGGAGCAAGGAGGAGAGAAGGAGACGUCCAAUGGUAGAGCAGAGGCAAAUGGAAAAGGGGAAGUUCUGGACACACAGGGCCAUCUCCAGAAAGUCCAGAAACUCAUCUACGCUGCUAAGCUGAACGCAGACCUCAAAGCUGUAGAUGAAGACAAGGACAGACUGUUUGCCAAACUGAACGAUGAAGUCAAAGCAAAAGAAGACCUGCAAGUGAGCAUCAAGGAGCUGGUCAAUGAGAAGUCAUCUCUGCAGUCAGACUCUGGGCAGUACCAAGAUCAGGUCCAAAGAUUACAACAGAAACUGCACAUCAUGACAGAAAUGUACCAAGAGAACGAGCUCAAGCUACACAGGCUGCUGACGGUGGAGGAGAAGGAGCGCAUGCAGAAGCAGGAGAAGUUAAGUAAAGCGGACAGAAACAUUGCGUUGGCCAUGGAGGAGCUGAGCAACUACAGACAACGAGCGGGAGAGAUGGAGGAGGAGCUGGAGAAAACCAAACAGUCUUACCAGACUCAAAUAUCAGCACACGAGAAGAAGGCUCACAAUAACUGGCUGGCAGCCCGAGCAGCAGACAGAGAACUAACGGACAUCAGGAGAGAGAACGGCCUCUUUAGACAGAAACUGACAGACACACAGUUUAAACUAGAAGCCCUCGACAAAGAUCCCUACGCCUUGGACAGCUUGGCCAGACCGCUGCCUUUCAGAGCUGAACGGUCCCCAUACGGUCCAUCUCCUCUGGGUCGACCUGCAUCUGAAACCAGAGCUUUUCUCUCUCCUCCUACAUUAAUGGAUGGACCGCCUAGUAGACUGUCUCCUCGAGUGUCUCGUGGUCCAGUGGAGCCCCCAGGUGGCCAGGGAGAGCUGGAGCGGAGCGGAGGUCCUCAUUCAGACAGCGGCUCGAUCUCUCCGACAUGGGAGAGGGAUCGCAGGGGCCCCCCACCAGGACCUCCUGGCCCCGCCGGGCCCCUAGGACCUCCAGGGUAUAUGUUCCCAGAACCAGGAGGUCCAAUGUACAGGAGACCUCCCCUAGGAGCUCUGGGCCCUCUCCAUCCCAGGGGUCUCCCCCCGGGACUCCCUCACCCUGCAGACAUGGCGGAUGGCCCCUACAGAGAAAACAGCCACGGGCCCGGUGAACUGGAACACAGAGAAUCUGGUCCUGGGGAUCGAAGGACUCCCCCUGAAGCUGACCCAAGGAUCGGGGGCGCUCCCCCGAUGGGCCCCAUGGGUGGCCCCUUUCCUCGUAGGGCCCCCUAUGGCCCGCCGCCUCCUGAUUUCUACCCAUCCAGGGGACCUGUGGGCCCUCCCAUGAUGCCGAUGUGGGCCCCUCCAGGUAUGAUGCUCCCUCCUCGUUUCCCUCCCGGUGGGCCUCUUGCCCCUCGCCCUCACUACGCUCCCUCCAUGCGCCCCCCUCUGCUCGACGGCCACCCACAUCCCUCCAUGGGUCCUCUCCCUCCUCAGCAGUCCGUCCCCUCCCCGCCGCACAGCCAGUCGCCAGAGGAGCCCUCGCCCGAGGACGCCAUUUGAGCCUCGCCAGGGUUUCCGCUUGAGCUGCGAGGUGAUGGAGUUGAACUCGGCGGUAGAUGGAUGGAUGGGCAAGUUGCUGUUUCCCAUCGUCGUGUUUUCUGUAACAUCUACAUGUUAGCCAGGGGGAUGAAUCUAAUGAAGGGGCGUUAGCGCCGGGGAAACCAUCGGCCUUCAUUAGCCCCCUUUGUUGCUGCCCGUCUGCUUCUGCUCGAUCUCUCUGCUCUGCUCACAUCCUGUCUCUUAGCUUUUUCCCCCCUUUCUUUUACUCUCGCUCUGCCCUAUCAUCCUCCAGCUAUGUUCGCUGUGAAGUAGUUCCUGUUGCUGCGGAGUCACAGUGUCAGCAGCAGGAUCACAGCAGCUUCGUCUGUACGUCUGUCUGCGUGUGGAAUGUGAACCACAGACAGUUUCUUGUUUGCUUGACAAUGCCAGAAAUGUUUUUAAUGGCACCAAAAGGUUGAAAUGUGUGCAUGUAGAAAUGCUGUAUGUGGCAGAGAACGGAGGGUUUGACGUGUUGCAUCAGUGAACAUUUCAUCCCGACGGCACAGAAAGACAAAUGGCUCUUGCUGCUCUCAUCAUUUUAAAUAAAACUAGCAAUUUAGCAUCUACGUAGGUUUUGACCAAGAUUGGACUCCACUUAAAUCAGAUCAGGUCUUGUCUCGUCUGCGUCUGAACUGACAUGAUCUUGAACUCGGAGGUAAAACGAGAACGUUGCUUAAAAUAGGAUUAAAUUGCAUAAAUGAAUUUCCCUGGCUUCCCUGUGGGAUUCGUACGACUUUGUCGCCGUCAACAGAGCUGUUGUUUCAAACAGUGCUUUUGAUUAUGCUACAGGGACUUGUGUAUAUGAUAUAUGGUCUAGGCUUGAAACAAGUGGCUUAUCGUAGCCGCUUGUGUUUUGCUGCAGUGGGCUGUGACUCACAGCGCUGAUUGGACGGACUUACUGGAGGAGAGGCUGCCUUCAGAGCCGGGAAGAUGACACCCAUGUGAAUUUUGUAAAAAGUGAUCAUUAACAGAUGAAUAAAGACUGUCAAAUUGA